UUUCUAAGGGAAUAAAAAUAUAAGGAAUAGGUUAAAAAUAAUGAAUGUUGUCUAUUUUACUGACCUGCUUGUUUAUUGUGAUGCUGUUCAGUUUAAUUCCCUCACACACGGUCACCAACCAACAACCAGCUGCAAACAAUCGCAGCCCAAUCAUGUGCACCUCAGCCUCCGUCCGCUGCUGUUGCGUUUCACGCUGCAGGAGUUUGCUUCCGUUUUAUGGUGUCGCUCUUGUGUAACGCUUUGACUCAGGGAGUGGACAGAGUGUUGGUAAGAACCGGGCCGCUGCUUUUACACCACGGCCUUUAGGAGGAAAUGUGCUUUAACCUGUGAUUUCUGUCACACUGACCACAAGCUGUAAAGAAUACAGUUGUGUGGCUGUAGACACUCACUCAGUGUGCGCUGUUUCUUCAGAGGAACCGGAGGAAACCAUCUACACUCCACUGUAUCUGACGCCACAGUGGCUGCUCUUUGCAGAGUAUAUUGAUAUGUGGUUGAAACUUAAGUGUGUUUUUUUGGGGCACUUCCUGUUUUAAGAUUCACGGGGGGAGACACUGAACUGUUUGUGGGGUUUCUCUGCCUCGACCGGAGGACAUCACUACAAAACCAGAUAAACUGAACAAGCAAGUGGUAGAUGAGGGGAAUUUGUGGAGCUCGUCCUGAAGCUGCAGGUCCUGAGAGCGAGGGCCAUUCUUACUAUUAAGCAGCGUUUGCACUGACGUAAUAAAGCUUCAGCUGCUCACAGGGAAGUGAGAGGGAGUGAGUGAGUCACACUGUCCAGGCUCGUCCUCCUGCUCGGACCGUGACUUGGCUGUAAACCGCUCUGACUCUCCUGCUCAGAGUCCUCCCUGCUUCAUGUCUGUCAGCAGCUCCUCUCACUCGGAUCGUGCGGCUACUGCAGAUUUACCUUCAGAUCAGAGCAGGUGUUGAGCAUCCAGCUCACACAUCAGUACAACUUGCGGGUUCUAAUCUUGGACGUUCCUGUGUUGGAAGCGUCGAGGGCCAAAGCGUUUGGAGGAUGUCGGAGAAGCGGGUGAAGACGGACUCUGGGCCGAACGGAGCCUCAUCACAGCAGUCUGCAGGUGUGGGGAACCAGCAUGGAGCCACUGUCAGCUUCCACAACAUCCACUACAAGGUGAAGCAGGGAAGAAGCUUGUUUUGUCUGAAGAAAACUACGACCAAGGACAUCCUCAUCGACCUCAAUGGGAUCAUGAAACCGGGUCUCAAUGCAAUUAUGGGAGCAACUGGAAGUGGGAAGUCAUCGUUCUUGGAUGUUCUGGCAGCCAGGAAGGACCCGGCAGGCCUGUCAGGAGAGGUUCUGAUCGACGGAGCUCCGCAGCCUCCAAACUUCAAGUGUCUGUCUGGAUACGUGGUGCAGGACGACGUGGUGAUGGGGACUCUGACCGUCAGAGAGAACUUCAGCUUCUCGGCGGCGCUUCGUCUCCCAUCAAGCAUCUCCCAGCGAGAUAAGGAGCAGAAGGUCAACAAACUGAUCCAGGAGCUGGGCCUGAGCCGAGUGGCCGACUCCAGGGUCGGCACCCAGCUGAUUCGAGGCGUCUCUGGAGGCGAAAGGAAGAGGACGAACAUCGGCAUGGAGCUGAUCAUCGACCCGCCCGUCCUCUUCCUGGACGAACCCACCACCGGCCUCGACGCCAGCACCGCCAACUCUGUGCUGCUGCUGCUCAAGAGAAUGGCAAGAAACGGUCGCACCAUCAUCCUGUCCAUCCACCAGCCUCGAUACUCCAUCUACCGCCUGUUCGACAGCCUCACUCUGCUCGUCCAAGGGAAACAGGUUUACCACGGCCCGGCACCGUCCGCUCUGGACUACUUCUCAGACAUCGGAUACACCUGUGAGCCCCACAACAACCCUGCAGACUUCUUCCUGGAUGUCAUUAACGGAGACUCGACUGCGGUUGCUCUCGGCAAAAUGGACAGUGAAGAGCUGGAUCCAGAGUCUGACUCCAUAUCCAUGUCGAGACGAGGGAUUGAGGACAAACUGGUGGAGGAGUACAGAAACUGCCACUACUAUAAACAGACCAAAGCAGAGCUGGAGAGGAUCAUCGAGGGGAAGCAGAUGAGCAGCACUGCUCCGUCCAGAACCAUCACCUACAACACCAACUUCCUGACUCAGUUCAGAUGGGUCCUGAAGAGAACGUUCAAAAACAUCCUGCUCAAUCCUCAGACCUCCGUAGCUCAGGUUUCGGUGACCUUGUUCCUGGCUCUGGUCGUAGGAGCCAUCUUCUUUGGCGUGAAGAACGAUCAAAGUGGAAUUCAAAACCGGUUUGGAGCUUUGUUCUUCAUCAUCGUGAACCAGUGUUUCGGAUCCCUGUCAUCUGCUGAACUCUUCAUCUCGGAGAGGAAGAUCUUCACCCACGAGUACAUCAGCGGCUACUACAGGCUGUCGGUCUACUUCCUGUCGAAGGUCCUGUCUGACAUCCUGACUCUGAGGACCAUCCCCCCCAUCGUCUUCAGCUGCGUGGCGUACUUCAUGAUUGGUUUGAAGCCCACAGCCGAGGCCUUCUUCCUCUUCACCUUCACGGUCAUUCUGGCGGCCUACACGGCCACCGCCAUGGCUCUGGCCAUCUCAGCCGACCAGACAGUGGUGGCCAUCGCCAACAUCUUCAUGACCAUCGCCUGCGUCUUCAUGAUGAUCUUUGCAGGGUUGCUGGUGAACCUUCCCUCCAUUGUGAGCUGGUUGGCCUGGUUAAAAUACCUGAGUAUACCACGAUACGGCCUGACCGCUCUGGAAAUCAACGAGUUCCGUGGCCUGAAAUUCUGUGAAGGGAUGAAUGGCAUCAAUGCAACUGGAAUCAUUUGCACGGGGGAGCAGUUCCUGACCAACCAGGGUGUGGACUACUCCACGUGGAGCCUGUGGCAGAACCACUUGGCUCUGAUCAUCAUGACCAUCUGCUUCCUCAUCAUUACUUACCUCAAACUGCGCUUUAUCAGAAAGUUCACCUGAAGCAGCGACGCAGAAGCGUUUGGAUCUGUGUCUCACCUGUACUAAUGCUGAGCAACACGUUAUGGAUAUUAAACGGUUUUGAUUUCUCAUUAUGAUUGAAUGUGAUUCUACACUCCAUGCGUAACAUGGACGACCUGUUGGAACAAUGGCAUUAUUUGUAGAUUAGUUACAAAAGACUAACGUAUUGAUUGUGUAUUCAGUCCAAACUAACGCUGGAGAACGUCACUGUUGUAAGAUCGGAGCCAAAUGUAAUCUGAGCCAGUGUUUAUUUAUAAAGUUAUGUACAAAUGUUGAAUUUCUGACAUUUCUAAGCAGGUAAAGCUUUUCCAUCCACCAGUUAUUAAAAUAUCAAGUUAAAGUUGAA